AUGUCUGACAAAGCCGCUGUCGAAGAAGUCCCUUUGGGGACUACCGCGAAGCCCAGCUUCCUGGCUCGUGUGAAGGCGCAUUUUAAGAAAUGGUGGUGGGCUCACCUCAUCGCCCUGGCCGUGAUUGUUCUGGUCAUUGCUCUCCCUCUUGUUUAUGUCGGCUACCCGAGAAUCGCCCAGGGUGAUAUCAAUGACUCUACCCUUGAUGUGACAUCCAUGGAGAUUAGCGACCCCAGCCCCGAUGGAUUCCACCUCAACCAGAAACAGGUCAUCGGAAGCGGCAGUACAUUCAAGCCCAAGCUCUUCAGCUUUGACGCCGACGUCAGCCUCCUGGGCUCCUCUAAGUUUGCCAAGGUCACCGUCCCGGAGGUCCAGGGUAGAGACGGGUAUGUGGUGGAUAUCGACCAGUGGGUUGACUUGAGCAGUGUUGAAGAUUUCGAGGCUUUCUCAAUUGCGGUGAUGAUGAACGAGGAGUUCAAGCUCAAUAUUUACGGCGAACCGCGUCUGAAGCUCGGCGCGCUGCCCACCAUCGACAUUGAUUACAACAAGACGAUCACCAUGAAGGGACUUAACAAGCUUAAUGGCUUCAAGAUCGAGAAACUGGGAUUGAACACCGAUCUCGGCCAGGGAAGAAAUGCUGAAGGCACUGUGCUUAUUCCUAAUCCAUCCGUUCUGACACUCACCAUGGGCAAUCUUACUUUGGACGUCUCAUCCAACGGCACCAAACUUGGGCAGUCGUUCUUGGACGAUCUGGUGCUUCGUCCCGGUGACAACCAUGUCCCCAUGACUUCCUUUUUAAACAUUUCCACCCUGGCCGGCCUUCUUCCGGGCGACGGCAUUAUGCCUCUGACGAUUGUUGGCAAUUCCAGUGUAUACAACGGAGAACCUAUCUCAUACUUCACGAAGGCGUUGCAGGCAAACACGCUUAACACCAACGUGAACCUGAGCGCGGUUCUCGGCUGA